AGCAAUAUACCACUCAUGGUUAAAGAAGAAAGAAGUAUGGAGACUAUAGUCUAUAAAUUAGACCAAAUAUGUCUGACAGAGGAAAUGGCGGAUGUGUUCUUCUCAUUUAAACUUGCAAAAAUAGCAGUCAUACCUGCUCAUAAAAUGAUCCUAGCUUUGAGAAGUCCUGUUUUCAAGGCCAUGUUCUUUGGUAGCUUUCCACAAAGAGGAGGGGAUAUAAGGAUCGAAGAUAUCGACUUGAAUACAUUUAGAAUAGUAAUGAAAUAUCUAUAUACCGAUCAUCUCCAGCUAAGCAAAGAUUCCGUUAUUCCUGUAUUGUAUGCCGCACAGAAAUAUCAGAUCGCCGGUUUAAUCUCAAAAUGUGAGAAUUAUCUACAAACUAGUUUAGCUGUUCACAACGCAUGUACACUUUUCAGUCAUGCAAAGUUUUUCACAAUGGAUAAACUUAAAACAAACGCACUUAAAUUUAUAGCCGACAAUGCGAUGGAGGUGUUUAAAAAUGAUGAUUUCCUUUUGUUGUCAUCAGAAAAUCUAGUUGAUAUCAUUAAGCUUGAUUCACUUUGUGUACCAGAAGUAGACGUAUUCCGUGCUGUUCUUAGUUGGGUGGAUCUUAAAUUGACUCAAUCCAAAAUCAAAAUCGACGGAGAAUCAAGAAGAGACGGUCUUUUUAUGUCAUGUGACAAAUGGAGGACGGCAGUGUUUUUUCAUGAGAGAAAGAAAAUGUGA